UGUAGGUUUGUUUUGUUAUUAUCGCCGCUCAUCUACAGACGGGAAGUGUGUUGUUAAUGUUCAUCUCCUCCCGUCUCCUCAAAAUGAAAUUCAAAUUGCCGUGGACCGUCUGCCGGGUUUGCUUACGUGAGGGGCAAAUGUAUUCACUUUUCCAAAAGGACACGAAGGACAUGUCGAUUGCUGAAAAACUUGCUCUGGUUGUUGAUAUCAAGAUCGUCCCAGACAAAAAUCUACCACAAGAAAUAUGCCGGCGAUGUAUGGUUCUUCUCAACUCAGCCCAUCGAUUUCAGCUCCAAUGCAAGAAAUCUGAAUUCCUCUUACAAAUGUCGGUAAGACACAGAGCUCAGAAAGAUAUCGGGUCAAAACAACACGCUGUUGUCCUGACUUUGAGCAACGGUAAAAUUUUUGAGAUGCCAAAGGAUGUAACCGUGAGGAAAAAGUCUGCUACCACUGAGGCCUCAGACGCUUCACCUCAGAUAGAAGCUCAAACAAAAGUAUCAGAGGUGGAUGUUGCAAGAAUUGGAGAAAGCUUGGUUGAAGCAUAUCAAACUAAGAAAAGCAUGGCAAUGCAUCCAACACUUAAGAGAAGACUCAGUGAGUUCAAUGGGAACAGGAGGAAAUGCCAAAAAAGGGUGAGAGUCCCUGAAAACGAUUCUAGGGACAUUGACAUAGCUGUGCAGAAUGCCUCCCAAAACGAUGCUGACGAAGUUAUUCCCCCACCCCAAGGAUGUCAAAAUGCUCUCCAAAUUAUAGAAGAUAUCAGAGUAGCUCAACCCAACACAGAUACUAACCUUGCAGAAAGAACACACUUGAACCAAGUGCAAAGUAAUCCACAGGACAUAGUGCUUAAAUCCCCCCCUGGUCCCCAUGUGAUCAAUGAGAAAAAUGGGAGAGAUGUCCGACCUUCACUGUCCAACAUACCCCCAAAUGACGAUACUGGACUGGUUUUAAUCUGCGAACUUUGCGGGAAUCGAUACAGAAGUAAAACUGGCUUUGAUAUACACAUGCGACUACAUAGAAAUGAAAGACCCUACAAAUGCGAGAUUUGUCACGCAGCAUUCGUACAAAGCAGUAAACUUACUACUCACAUGCGAAGACACACAGGCGAAAGGCCCUAUGCUUGCAGUUUUUGCUCCCGUCGAUUUAUUAAAAAUGAAUCCAAACUUUUACAUGAAAGAAUGCAUACUGGAGAGAAGCCCUACGAAUGUGAUAUUUGUAAUAAAAGAUUUUCCUACGCCUGUGUACUGACGCGGCAUAAACUUAUUCACACAAACAAUGAGAAAAAUUUUAUAUGUGCGCCAUGUGGUAAGCGCUUUAGGUUUAAUGAAGAUAUACAGAAAGGUAAAAAACUCCUAAUUACAUAUUGUUCUCAGAAGGAGAAGCAAAUUGAUCGCGAUUGUAAAUGGCCGAAUAAAAUAUGCGAAAGUUGCUUAAGUAGUCUGAAUACUUCUUAUAAAUUCCGAAUACAAUGUAAGAACUCGGACAAUAUAAUAUUGCAAUUCUUAUCUGGGGGAAUACAAUUGCAAUAUGGUGACUCUGAAACAGAAGGAUAUAUUCUAAGGCUUGAAGAGGAAUCUGAGAACUUCACUUCCACUCAUGCGGUUGCUGAAAAAUGUGAUAGAAUAAACGAAGUACAAGAAAAGAAUUCCGACAAAGAAGAGGAGGAGAAGCUAAGCAGCGAAGAAUGGGACGACGAGUCAGCGCAAAGUCAGCCAAAGAUUAACUCACAAGCUAAAAGGAAAAAUCGUAAAAAAUCGGAUUCUAAAUAUUUGCACAUAUGUGAAGUGUGUGGGAAUACUUAUAAAUAUAAAAACUCCUUGGAGACUCAUAUGCGGCGACAUUUGAAUGAGAAACCAUUCUCAUGCGAAAUUUGUGGACGUGAAUUUGUUUUAAAUGGACAACUGACUUGUCAUAUGAGAACACAUACAGGCGAGAAACCAUACGAAUGUCGGUUUUGCAAGCGAAGAUACGCAGAUGUGGGAGCGAAAAAUGUGCAUGAAAGAGUUCAUACUGGUGAACGGCCAUUUAAAUGUGAUAUUUGCAGUAAAACGUUUAUGUAUGCAAGCGUUCUGAAGAAACACGCUCUUACCCAUACGGAUGAGAAGCAAUAUCGACUGUUCUCAGCAUAUCCAUGUGUACACUGCCAUUAUUCUAUUGUUGAGACGAGUAAACUGUAUCCGCAUCGAGCGUUGUUUAUUGUAAAAAUCUUGUGUUUUUUUCUAGUGCAAGUUAUAAUGAAAUUUAAAUUAAAUUGGUCGGUUUGUCGUGUCUGCCUCAAAGAAGGCGAGGAGCUGAGCACAAUUUUCGCGAAGGAUGAGAACGAUGUGGUCGUGGCGGACAAAAUCAUGGAGUGCGGUGGUAUCACGAUAACCCGCGAUACAAAUUUGCCCCAAGAAAUAUGUAAAAAAUGUUCAGCAUUCUUAAGUGUAGCAUAUAAAUUUCGAAUAACCUGUAAGAGUUCUGAUGAAGUAUUGCGAAGUUUUGCGGAGAAGAAAGUUGAAAGUGACGUGGAAGAUGAUGUCAAGGAUGUCAAUAGCCUUGACAAACUCGCGGACCACUUUUCGGAAAAUGAAAUCGAUCUCCACGAUUAUUCGGAAACCGUUACGGUAUUUGAGAAUCCUGUCCCUGAAUUUUUGGAAAAUGUCGAUGAUGAGGAUAUGGAUGAUCACGACAACGAUGAUGACGAUAAUGAUAGCACCUAUGAACCACCUAAAGAGGAGGUGGAGAGAGAUGAUGAUUCUGAUACUGAGAAACCCAAAAGAGAAGUGAAAAUAGAAGGUGAUGAAGAUGCUCCGCCGAGAAGGAAAAGAGGUAGGCCGAAAAAGACAGAUCCACCGCGCGAGAAACCAGCGGGCACCGGCAAAGGCAGAGGGCCACGGGGGCCCCGCGUGAAGAAGGAAACAUCGAAAACACUUGCCAUGGAUUCUGAUGGCACGCCGGUCAUUAAAUAUCGCAACUUAAAUGAGAAACCACAACAUAUCUGUGACGUAUGCGGGAAUGUUUACAAAAUGAGAUACUCACUAGACAACCAUAUGCGAUGGCAUCGAAAGGAAAAACCAUAUGACUGCGAGAUUUGUGGCGCUGCAUUUGGUCUGAAUAGUCAGCUGACUCGACACAUGAGGACGCACACUGGACAAAAACCUUAUGAAUGCCAGUAUUGUGGCCGAAGAUUUUCCGACCUUGGAACUAAGAACAAGCAUGAAAGAACCCAUACGGGUGAACGUCCAUACAAAUGCGAAACUUGUGGCAAAACAUUUACAUACUCACAUGUACUAAGCGCUCAUAAAUUAACGCACACCGGUGAGAAGCGAUAUAGUUGUGAUGAAUGCGGAAAGCGAUUCACUCGAGCUCAUCAUCUCAAAGCUCACUUAAGUACAUUAAUUCACCAAAAGCCUUCUGCGGAGAAACAAGCGGCAGCAUCUGCCACACAACCAUCACAAACGCUAGUAGCUACACCUGGGCCGGCUCCAACAUCCUCCACUGCGGUGACUACAACCACCACAGACCCAGCACCAAUCACAAUGGCAGUUCCAGCGCAAGUACCCGAUAUUAAAGUGCAAAUUCUUCCAAGUCAGAUAAUGAGCAAUUCGAACGACAGCAGCCACAACAGUAACCCGGGCAAUCCGACUGCAAACAUGGAGAGAGCACAACCUUUGCCGCUGUUUUUGUUUUAAAUAAAUAAGAAUGCACGGUGAAGAAAAUAAUAUGAUGAUAAGUAAAAUAAUUAUUGCAAUAGAUUUAUGUCUAGUUUUAAAUAAUAUGCCCCUUUUUAUUUUAAGCAACAUCUAAUUUUUUGGAAACAUGAAAUAUAUAUAAGAUUCCUACAGUA